UGGAAUGGUCAUUAAGCUACAGCUACUGUAGUUGAUGGCCACAAUUGGAUGUAUCCACUUGCUUUUGGAUUUAUAAAUUCUGAAACCGAAGACAAUUGGACUUGGUUUAUGACUCAGCUUAGGAAGGCCAUAAGAGAGCCUAAACCCCUUGCAGUAUGUACAGAUGCCUGUAAAGGAUUGGAGAAAUCAGUGAGGAAUGUGUUUAACGGAGCUGAACAGAGAGAGUGCUUUUUUCAUCUUAUGCAAAACUUCAUUAAAAGGUUUCAUGGUUUUGGGAAGAUGUAUCCUGCAGCACGAACAUAUAGGACAGAAGUGUUCAAGGAACACAUGACAACAAUUUUUAAAGAUGCACCUGAAGUGUGGAAUUGGCUGAGGGAUUACCACAAUCUAAAAUGGAUGAGGUGCUCAUUCAAUCCAGCCAUCAAGUGUGACUAUAUUACUAAUAAUGUAGCAGAAGUUUUUAACAAUUGGAUUAAAGACAUAAAGGAUCUGCCUGUUGUUGAUCUAGCUGAUAAGCUGAGAGAGAUGAUCAUGGUUCUAUGGAGGAGGAGAAGAAGAAUUGGGGAAAGGCUACAAGGGAGGAUCUUACCAGCUGUGAAACUACAACUAAAGGCAGCUACAAGAGGGUUAGGACACUUGAAAGUGGUGCCGGCGGGUGAUUGGAGUACAGAAGUUUGGGACAACAGCACAGGUCAUGCUAGACACAGAGUUGAACUACACCGACACACAUGCACUUGUUGUGAGUGGCAGCACACUAGUAAGCCAUGCCAACAUGCGUUGGCCUUUAUAACAACACAAAGAAAUGUUGAUGUAUGUGAUUUUGUGGAUGAGUGCUACUCAGUUGAAAAAUUUAAGGCAGCAUAUUGUAGAUUGAUUGAGCCAAUGACAGAUAAAUCACAAUGGUCAGAGGUGGAGGUGCCAUUUUGUUUGAAGGCACCACUUGGGAAAAGGAACGUUGGUAGACAAAGGAAGAAUAGGAUAAAAGGAUGUCUUGAAGCCGGUGGCAACUCUGGGGAAUUGUCUAGGGGCAAGGCUGCGGCUGCAAAGAAUGAUGGGAAGAAAAUGGUCAGAGGUCCAGUAACAUGUCCUAACCAUGGUCUAAAAGGUCAUAGGAAAACCAGCUAUAAGUGUCCAUUGAAUGGAACUAGAAAAAGGCUGAGGAAGCCAAGAAAGAACACCACCAAAAAUUGGCCACAUGAAGCUAGCACACCUGAAAGAUCAGCUAGAGAAGAAAUAUUACAAAAUAGUCCAGGUAUUGUGACCAGGAGUCGGCUCGCGUUCUUGCUGGGAGAAGGUACUUCUUCCCAAUCACACAUGUCCACUCUACUGGAGAUAAGAACUUCUGUUCCAACUGCUCUAAGCAAAAAGUUGACUCCAAAAAGAAAGCUACAAAUUGACUGAAGCAUCGGUUUUUUUUGGUGCACCAAUUGGUUAUGGUUGUUAACUUUUUGUGAGAUGCACUAGUUGGCCUAGUGCUUCAAUCAAACAA